AUGCGCUUCACUUGUUCAAUGCAAAUAUUGUGCGUGGCAUUUUCACUGCUUGCCACGCCCACUUUGGCGGCAUUCAUAAAAUUGACGGGCUUGGAAUGCCUCAGCGUCGAUCCGAGCUAUCUUGUGUUUGAGAACUGCAUUAUAAAGGCAUACAAUCGCGAAGUCAAGGAGGUAUCGGUAACUGUCAAAUUGCUGCAAUUGCCCGUGACAAAUGUGACGAUACGCGGCGAUAUCAGGCGUCGCUUCAAGCUACCAUUUUACAGCUACAACAUAGACGGCUGCAUUUUCAUGCAAAGCAACAGGCGCAAUCCCAUUGCCGAUGCCGUCUACAAGUUCCUGCGCCUCGAAUUCCACUCGAACCUGAAUCAUUCGUGUCCCUACAAUCAUAAUGUGAUAGUCGAUCGCCUGCGCCUCGAUAAAAACUUCAACCUGCCGAUGCCCAUUGGCACGGGCGAAUACGUAAUCACAACGCAUUGGCAUACGUACAACAAAAACUUUAUGAUUUCCGGAUGA